GGUGAAUCACUGGGGAGCAAACCCACUAAAAUUUGAGCAAGCAUAAGGCCCCGGGAAAAGCCGGCCUGUUUUGCUUGAAGGCCGCAAUUCUUAACUCAAAACUCGUCCGGCGCACGGCUUUUGUCUUCUGCAAGCGAUCUCUCCUACGACUGUGUGUUCGCGCAGAGAGAUCCCCACCACCACCACCGUAAUGUUGCACGAACUCCUACUGGCACUGUUAGGCUACACAGGAGACCUGAUUAUCGACCAAAGAGAGGAGCAGGAAUCGAUCGGCGUUUUCUUACCGCCCAACGCUCCCAUCUCUGAGGAAUGCACCUUCAAGCUCGCUCCUGAUAUCUCUUUCAUUCAACCCAGUGAACGGGAUGUUAUUGAGAGGUUAAUCACCUUAGGAUUUUACUAUAGGGAGCUUGACCGCUUCGCCUCUAAGUCCCGUAAUUUAAGUUGGAUAAGGACUUUAAACAAGUCUCCUCUGUCCCGAACUUCUGAAGUAACCGCAGGGAAAAAGGAGAACCAUAGUGUGUACAGGAGGGCCAUAGCUAAUGGCAUUGUUGAGGUGCUCUCAGUGUACAGGUCUGCUGUUCUACAAAUUGAGCAGAAAUUGUUGUCAGAUUCUGUGCCCAUCUUGGCAACAGUUACCCAAGGCCUUAAUAAGUUUUUUGUUCUUUUGCCACCUCUUUAUGAGCUCAUUCUGGAGAUAGAGCGUGACAGUAUUUGCGGAGGACGACUUCUAAACCUUUUGCACAAACGAUGCCAUUGUGGGGUGCCUGAACUACAAGCAUGCAUUCAAAGGCUUCUCUGGCAUGGGCAUCAGGUCAUGUAUAAUCAGCUUGCUUCGUGGAUGGUUUAUGGGAUUCUUAAUGACCAAUAUGGAGAGUUCUUCAUUAGCAGGCAAGCAAAUGGUGACACAGAGCAUGACUCAUCUCAACCAGUUAUGCUUGAAAAGUUUGCCCGCAUGGCAACUAAUGAUGGUGCUCUGGCAGAUUGGCACCUGGGAUUUCACAUUUCUUUGGAUAUGCUGCCAGAAUAUAUCCCCAUGCGUGUCGCAGAAUCUAUUCUUUUUGCUGGAAAAGCAGUGAGGGUUUUGCGAAAUCCAAGUCCUGCAUUCCGGUAUCAAGAUGCUGAGUAUCAUCAACAUAAACCAAGAGGAUCACAGAAGCUUCAAGGAUUUGUAGAACGCUUUUCUUUUCAGAAGGAACCCUCAUUGGAUAAAAAGAUUGGAGAAGAAUUACUUCCUCAGAUUGAGGCUGAUAAGAUUGAAGCUAUGCUUCAAGACCUGAAGGAAUCGUCUGAGUUCCACAAAAGAUCAUUUGAGUGUGCUGUGGACUCGAUUCGAGCUACUGCUGCCAGUCAUCUUUGGCAGCUUGUGGUUGUACGUGCAGACUUAAAUGGCCACCUGAAAGCCCUUAAAGAUUACUUUCUUUUAGCCAAAGGUGAUUUCUUCCAGAGUUUUCUUGAAGAAAGUCGCCAGUUGAUGCGUUUACCACCUCGCCAGUCAACUGCUGGAGCUGAUCUUAUGGUCCCAUUUCAGCUGGCUGCAAUAAAGACCAUCAGUGAUGAAGACAAAUAUUUUCCAAGGGUGUCCUUGCGGAUGCCUUCCUUUGGGAUUUCGGUUAAAACCUCUCAAGUGGAUUUGCCAAAGGCAAAAGCUUUCAGCGAGGGAGACUCUAGUGUGCUAUCAGAUGCUUCAGAGAUGUCACUUGAUGGCUGGGAUGGUAUUGCUCUUGAAUAUUCUGUCGAUUGGCCGUUACAGUUGUUCUUCACACAAGAUGUGCUCUCUAAGUAUCGACGAAUCUUCCAAUAUUUGCUCCGGCUGAAGCGAACACAGAUGGAAUUAGAGAAAUCAUGGGCUUCUGUGAUGCAUCAAGAACACACAGAUUUUGCCCAACACCGCAAUGACCGUGUAAGCUACUCCAUCUCUCACCAGCGGCGCCAACGCUUUAGGCCAAUGUGGCGGGUUAGGGAGCAUAUGGCUUUCUUGAUUAGAAAUCUUCAAUUUUACAUCCAGGUGGACGUGAUAGAAUCUCAAUGGAAUGUAUUGCAAGCUCAUAUUCAGGAUUCGCAAGAUUUCACAGAUUUGGUGGGCUUCCAUCAAGAGUACUUGUCAGCUUUAAUAUCACAAUCAUUUUUGGACAUUGGAUCAGUAUCAAGGAUACUGGACGGCAUUAUGAAACUUUGCCUGCAGUUCUGCUGGAACAUUGAGAACAGAGAAAGCAGUGCAAAUACUGUUGAAUUGGAGCAUAUAACUGAGGAAUUCAACAAGAAAUCGAACUCUUUAUACACCAUACUGCGUAGCAGCAGGCUUGCUGGGAGUCAGAGAGCCCCAUUUCUCAGGCGUUUUCUUUUACGUCUAAACUAUAAUUCCUUCUUCGAGGCAACUGCUAGAGGCGUGCUGAAUGUUGUCAGACCACGCCCAACACUCCCAAUUUUGAAUUAAUAACAUAAAUUAACCUUUGCCGAUGAGAAGAAAACACAAAUUAACCUUCAGGAUCCCUGCAUCACAAGCAGCCUUGUUAUUUGACUGCGAGAUACUGCUAUGUCUUCCCAGAUGGUCUCUCUUACAUAUCAAUCGUAGAAUCUGUAAGAUUGUGUUUGGAUUGACUUUGUGGAGGGAUCUUGUAUGUUUCCUUUCACUCCAUUAACCCCUCCCUACAUCCAUGACUUGAACACAACCAAACGUAGUUGGGAUUCUCAUGGGACAGUUGAAAUGUAGUUGAUUCAUCUGGUAUUCUGACUAUCCUUUGGCAGUUAUGCAAGUAUUUGGGUCCCUCCAGCGGAAAGAGAGGCUGCGGGUGUAAUUCAGUUCUCAGUUGAAUGAUUUGCUGGUGAAAGUCUGGCAGUGUUCUUGGUGGCUUGGGUUGUGGUUGGGGUGGUCGGUUUCACUGUUGCUUGUUGACUAUCUUCGUGAUUACGUGAUGCCUCAUUUGUCAGAUUGUUGUCCAGCGAAAAUUUUAUGGCGGUAAAGUGGUGAGGCCGUGGUAGAUAGAUGGUGGCUGCUGCCUAACACUUCAGUUUCUUUCGUAAUAUAUUUGAGGUAUUUUGGUUUUCUCACAUUGUGUGGAGAUCAUGACUCGCGUCCUGAAGGCUUGGUGUUUGUAAAAUUAUCCAACCAAAGGGAAAAUGGAAUGCAAAAAAAGAGAAAAA